AUGGGCAAGCUCAACUACUUCGGCCUUCGAGGCAAGAGUCUUAACUGGGCCAUCAGUAUCAUUGCAGGAUGUGAUUUCUUGCUUUUCGGAUAUGACCAGGGUGUCACUGGUGGUAUCCUCACCCUCCCUGCCUUCCAAUCUCAGUUUCCUACCAUCGACUCCGAGCCUGAGGGUAUACUCCAUGGGCUCACCAAGAGUCAGCGCUCCACCAACCAAGGUAUUGCGGUCGCUUCAUACAACUUGGGCUGUUUCCUCGGCGCCAUCAUUACCAUCUUCAUCGGAAACCCUCUCGGUCGCAAGCGCAUGAUUAUCCUUGGUACUGCCAUCAUGGUCAUCGGAGCUGCUCUUCAGGCCUCUGCGUUUUCUAUUGAGCACCUCAUCAUCGGACGCAUCAUCACUGGUCUUGGAAACGGCGGCAACACAUCAACAGUCCCUACCUGGCAGUCCGAGACGUGUAGCUCUCACAAGCGCGGCAAGCUGGUCAUGAUUGAGGGUGCCCUCAUUAGUGGUGGUAUCAUGAUCUCCUACUGGAUCGAUCUUGGCAUGUCCUUCGCCCCAGGCUCUGUCUCAUGGCGUUUCCCCCUAGCCCUGCAGAUCCUCUUCUGUAUCUUCAUUCUGGCUUUCGUCUGGAACCUGCCCGAGUCUCCUCGCUGGCUUAUUCUCAAGGGCCGUGACCAGGAGGCCAAGGAAGUUAUUGCUGCCAUUGCCGACUUGCCCGAGGAUGAUGAUUACUGCAAGAACGAGUACGUCGUCAUGAAGGAGACUGUCGAAGAGAUGUCUAAGGGCACCUUCAAGGAUCUUUUCACUAUGGACAAGAACCGCAACUUCCACCGCACUUGCAUCGCCUACGUCAACCAAAUGUUCCAACAGAUCUGCGGUAUCAACCUUAUCACCUAUUACGCUGCAGUCAUUUACUCUGGCCUGGGAAUGUCUCGCUUCAUGUCCCACUUGUUGGCUGCUCUCAACGGUACCGAGUACUUCAUUGCUUCUUGGCCUGCUGUCUUCUUGGUUGAGCGUGUUGGUCGUCGCAAGCUUAUGCUUUUCGGUGCUGUUGGCCAGGCCAUCACCAUGGCUAUCCUUGCGGGUGUCAACUCUCAGAAGACUUAUGCGUGCCAGAUCACUGGCAUUGUGUUUCUCUUCGUCUUCAACACGUUCUUCGCUGUUGGCUGGCUUGGUAUGACUUGGCUCUACCCCGCCGAGAUCGUGCCCCUGCGCAUCCGCGCUCCUGCCAACGCUCUCUCCACAUCUGCCAACUGGAUCUUCAACUUCAUGGUCGUCAUGAUCACUCCUGUCGCCUUCGACUCCAUCAAGCACCACACCUACACCAUCUUCGCCAUUAUCAACGCCAUCAUCGUUCCCGUCACCUACUUCUUCUUCCCCGAGACCGCCUACCGCUCCUUGGAGGAGAUGGAUUCCAUCUUUUCCAAGGCUGCUCCUGGUAUCAAGGGUGCAUUCGAUGUCGUCGACGUUGCCCGCAAGGAGCCCCACCGCUACGGCAAGAAUGGCGAGCUUCUCAUUCAUUACGAUGAUGUCAAGGAGACUGGUCACGCCACCACCCGCGAGAACCGCCGUGAAGGUAGCACCAGCAGCAGCGAGCCCAAUGGCCUGUGGGCCCGCCAAGACGAGGAGACGCAGAAUGUCGAAAAGUCUGAGAAGUCCUAA